AACCCUUCGAAGGCUUGUUAUAGCUUCAACGGGAACAGGUACCAGGGAGUAUUGCUUUCAUACAUAUCUCUAUUCAAUGCCGGUCAUUGCUAUUUUGUUCCCAUUGAGUCAUUGUUUUCUUUUCUCAGACUCUAUCGCAUUUAUAUUUUCCAUCUAAUGCUUAAUCUUUAUCGUCAUCGAAUCCCAAUCUGAGUAUAUAUUGGAGACAUUCACUUGUCUCUAUAGUCUGGAGCAACGAAGAAUGGGCGAAGCAGAAUUCAAUAUGUCAUCUCGUGGUGAUCCUAGCAGGCAAACCUCAGUAUCUGACUCAACAACCGAUUUCGAGGACGAUGGCCAGAAAAGGUUCGAGUUCGCCGCUCAGCCUGCAGUGAAUCCAGCAACGCAGAGCGCGCUUCAUUCGUCAAGCCCAAUCAUUUAUCAUUAUCUAACGUUCGAAACAUUGAUCCCUUCGCCUACGAGUAACGUUUCAUCCGACGGUUCUUCGGCAACAGCACCACCACGGCCACAAUUGAAGAAGUACACUUCACCGUUCGACUGGCCAGAAAGUCGCAAACGAUUUACCGUCUUCCUUUCUUGUAUGGCCACUAUGCUCACAGCCUACACCGCGGGUGCAUAUUCGCCAGCUGUCAAGCAAAUGUCCGAAUACUGGCAUGUUUCAGACAUUGCGAUUCUGGUUGGGAUCACCACUUUCUGCUUUGGAUUCGCUAUCGCUCCGAUGGCUCUGGCCCCAUUUUCCGAGUUGAAUGGUCGGAAGCCAAUCUUCAUAGCUUCCGGGCUGCUAUUUUUUAUUACCCAAAUUUGCUGUGCCGUGACUCGAUCCUAUCCUGGCAUGCUUGUUGCCAGAUUCUUUGUUGGUUGUGGGAGUUCUGUGUUUUCAACAAUGGUUGGUGGAGUGAUUAGCGAUAUUCAUCACAAGGAGGGUCGAAACACAUCCAUGUCCUUAUUCUCGGGGGCAGCACUUUUCGGCACUGGCUUUGGCCCAUUAGUGAGCGGCUUUAUUGCGCAGAACACAUCAUGGCGGUGGGUAUUCUGGGUACAGGUUAUCACAAAUGGACUCCUGCUUAUUGCCAUAACACUUUUCUUUCCAGAAACGAGAGGUAGCAUAUUACUGAGCAGGAAAGCAAAAUGUUUGAACAAGUGGUACGAAGAACGAGAGGAGGCUGGCUUCUUUGGUAUUGAUAUGCCAACGUCGGCAUCAGGUGAAAAAUAUGAGUCGCAGCGAAUAAGAUGGAAGGUCAAGUCAGACGAAGAAAGAGAAUCGCUCCUGCAAAUGAUUAAAAUUUCCGUCUACCGCCCAUUUCAUCUUCUAUUCACAGAGUCGGUAGUAUUCUUCUUCAGCUUAUGGGUUGCCUUUGCUUGGGCAGUGCUCUAUCUGACCUUUGGCUCAGUUCCCCUAGUGUUUGAGACCUCCCACGGGUUUAAUCUUCAACAAUCCGGCGCUGUGUUUGCAGCUAUGUCGAUCGGAGCAACAAUAUCUACUUUCAUUUCUAUCUACCAAGAGCAAUGGCUCGUUGCGUGUCUCAAAUGGUCGUCCAACAGCGCAAAAAGUCCAGGCAUAAUUCGAAGAAAAAUCGAUCUCUCGUCUCCCGAGGCAAGACUGUACUUUGCUUGUUUUCAAUCGGCUUUGCUGCCUAUUGGCCUUUUCUGGUUCGGCUGGACGCAAUUCUCUUCGAUUCCUUGGAUAGUCCCAACUCUUGCCAUCGGCUGCGCAACUAUGGGAAUAUACUCGAUAUAUCUGGCAACUUUCAACUACCUCGCGGACACUUAUCAUCGAUAUGCGUCAUCUGCUCUCGCAGCCCAGAGUUUCUGUCGGAAUAUUCUAGGCGGUAUAUUCCCUCUCAUUGCAACUAUCAUGUUUAACAAUAUUACAUUUCAAGGAGCAGCAUCUUUACUUGGUGGAAUUGGAGCGCUACUGACCAUCGUACCUUGGGUAUUGACCAUUUACGGACCGACCAUUCGCUUAAGAAGCAAGUUCGCAAGCGAAAUUAUGUAGCUUUGCCCAAACAAAACAGUUACUGCUGUUGGGUAGUCAUGUCAGUGACGCUAAAAAGUUAUUUGCUAUUAUUCUUUUCGAAAAAAAAAGCCUUUCGAAUUUACGAUUUAUGAUACAUGACCUUGGCCGAAGAGGCUAUAAAUUAAUGGGAUAAUUGGAUAAGUGCGCAACAACCGCUGAGGAUAUGCAAGGCCUCAAGAUAUAAUGGAGAUGUUUGAGCAUGUGGAAAAAAUUGCAGUCACAUGAAGAAGAAUCUUCUGAGGGAAGAAACAUUGGACAAUAGAGGAGAGUAGAAAAUACAUACAAAGAUAAUGAGAUAUGCUGUACAUACAUACACAGGGAGAGAAUAGAUGCAAAUUGUAUCUACCUUGUGAAACGACGUCUGAGCAUUGACGCUGCAAUGAUUAACAUCAAAAG